CGACAGCGACGCGCGUGAGUGAAGCGAGAAACGGGCGCAGAUGAACGCGAGCGUUGCAGGGAGCGUGUAGUGUACUGUGUGCUCUCGUGUGGGUCGCGCCCUUCUACGUGCGAUGUUUUCGACGGUGUUUACGUGUGUCAUCUCAUCUGAGUCCUAGUGUGUGUGUGUGGUUGUGACGGCGUGUGGAUAGUGCGUACUUACGAUCGCUAUGGAAGCCUUCAAUGACUUGCAGCGCCACUGGGCUAAGCGAUUUCCCCACUCGAAACUUUCGCUGAUAUGGGAAGAGGACCUACGCACCCUGUUGUCGACGCACAGGCAGCGCGUCGCUCAACUCCGAGAGGAACUCGAGCAAGAGGAGUUUCUGGUGCAGUAUUUUGAAAGGUACCUGUCGGAUGCUGAACGUGUCAAGCGAUCGUCGUCGCGAGACAACACCGGCGACAGAAAAGCCGGGUCUACAAAUGGCGACAGUCCGCGUAACAGCAACGGCGUCGGAACUUCAAACGGAUUGCCCGAGGCGGCGGCCGGCGUUACGUCAUCGACAUGCGAAAAAGCGGCAAGCUUGAAGCGCGACAAAGCUGCCAGCAGUGCGGAAAGUCAGUCAGCGCCCGUUAACGGCACUACCGAUGAGCACGGAAAGCCGUAUGUGACCGUGAUCGCCGUGAGUGGGUUUACGCGCUCGGCCAGCUCCGAGAGAAGCGGCUCCUCCGCCGCGGCUGCGUCCACCGGCUCGACAGCAACUACGCAGGCUGCCGCUGAAACGCAGGAGCUGAGACGCCGGAGGAAGCCACCGACGCCGCCUCCUAAACGUGCCAAGUGGCCGCCGCCUUCCGCCGUUACACAGCUGGCACAAAACGAUGCGGCAGCGACAUCGGACACCGCCGAGCCCAUCGCUGCCGCCGUGUCACCGUCAAAUGAUGGCCCGAGCCAAAGCGGACCCGCUGCUUCCAGGGCUCAAAGCGACGUUCCGCCUGCGUUCAGUACUUUCCGACCGGCCAGCCAGCUAGCUAGCGCUCCGUCCCAUCCGCCGCCGGCCCGACCACACGGAUACCCACAGCCCCUGCGCGAGGCACCUCCUCCGCCCACCGCGCCGGUAAUCGAGUCGACGGACGACCAAGAUGGAUACGACGUCAUCUACGACACAGUGGCCCUGGACGACGAAGUGUGCUCGUCCAAGGGCGCCGACGAAGAGGACCAGGGUUCAAGUCCCGAGCCGGAUUACGUGGAAUUCGGCAAGCUGGAGAGGCCGCGCGCCGUGAGGAGCGCCUCCGACGACGCCGGAGGAGGCAGCGUGCCCAGUCCCGUCGCGUCGUCGUCCGCGACGUACGAGAACAUGGCGCUGCUCGUGAAGGCCUCGGAGUCGAUGGACUCAGAGGAGGACGACGCGGCGUCCAUGCUUCGCUCGAUGUCGAGCGACGCGGAGCUGGACCAGGACGCUGGCACCGCGACCACCGGGAGCGACCACAGCGGUAGCGGCGGCCGCAGCGCCGAUCUGCACCGGUGCAAGACUGAGGAGCAGCUGGACGUCGACUCCGGUGUGUACAGCAGCUCCGUGGAGUCUGCAUCCUUCCUCAGUACAGGCACACCUCCCGCAAGGAAGAAGGGCUCCAGGGACAGCGAGCAAGAUGAGUCUGCCCAGGAGGCUUCCCCAUCGGAGGCAGAGAUGCUGACCAUGUGCAAGUGCAUCGUGAGCAGCAUCAUCGAAAGCGAAACAGCAUACGUAGACUGCCUCGACACCCUUAAUCAGUACGCUCGUGCCCUGACCAGUGCCAUCGGAACGAACCAGUCGGUGUUGUCCAAGGAGGAGAUCGACACUAUCUUCUACAAGAUUGAGCAGCUGCACGAGACGCACAAGAACUUUCGGGAUGGCCUGCGCAGAAACUGCGAAAACUGGGAUGCCAAGCCAACAAUCGGCGAGAAUUUUAAGUUCCUGGCAAGUCGCCUUGAAGUUUACAAGCUGUUCUUGGAGAACUAUUCCAAGGCCAUCGAGACUGUGCGGCACUGUAACGCAUCAAACAUGAAGUUUGAGGAGCUGUUCAAGAACAUCAAGUUAAACACAUCAAAAGGACAGCCAGCAACACUAGAAGAUUUGCUCCACAAGCCAGUGGCGAGGGUGCAGAAAAAUGCACUGGUGCUUCAUGACCUUCUUCACUACAUACCUAGCAGCCAUCAUGACUACAACAACCUCAGGGCAGCGCUAAAGCUCACGCAGCGGUUCCUGAAUGAACUCAAGCUCAACUCACCAGAAAGCAUGUUCCCGCAUCAAGACAGGGCUCCUAGGCAUGUCGUGAAAAACAGCUUUAUUGUGGAAUACUCCGAGGGACACCGGAAGCUCAGGCACCUUUUCCUUUUCAAUGACGUCAUUGUCUGCGCCAAGUACAAACCUUCCAGCAGGCAAAAGUUUACUUUUGAGGUCAAGUGGUACAUCCCUCUUAGCCUUGUUACCCUCAUUGACGCCACUGGAGAAAUGGAGCCUAUCAGGGAAGACAACAAGGUGAAUGUAUGCCAACUGCGGUCACGAACGAGCACAUUGAGAGACGCUGUUGCAAAGGAAGAGAGAGACAAUGCCAAGCUUGGAAAGCCACCUGGUCGCAACUUGGAACGAAAUCGAAAGAAACUCAGCGAACUAGAGGCACAAUUGGUUCUGCAUUCUCCAAACCUGCCAUUUAAGAUUGGCUUCAAGAACACCAAAACGUACAACUUCUUCCUCUCGUCAGAGUUUGAGCGAUCCCAGUGGAUUGAGGCCAUCAACCACCUGCACAUGACAGCCCCGCAGGUUGUCACAACGCCCAGCAUUCUUGAACUGCAGAGCUGCAUCACAUCAGCGAGAGGGUGCAUGGGAACCAACAUGGGAUCUUUCCUGACGAGAACAGCCAAAGAUGAGGACCUGCUGUUUGGUGACCUUCUCAUCACUGUCCACAACUUGCAGGGGCUCACAACACCUUCAGACAUUUACAUUUGCUUUGAAGUAGACUCCUAUGGACAUUUCUUCAAGAAAGCCAAAACGAAAAUAUGCCAGAACACAAUGGAACCAAACUUCAACCAGGAAGUUGUUAUUGAUCUGGACGGAUCACAAACACUCCGAAUACUUUGCUACGAGGAGCAAAUUAAGAACGGCACAACCAUGACUGAGCUGCGGGGAAAGGCUGCCUUUGAGAUGAGUCGUUCCUGGCUCACGGACAAGUACCAGGAGAAAUCGUUCAGUCUGCAGGACUUCACACUCAACCUCAGCAUAAAGUACAACUCCUCAGAUGUUGGUCUGCAGAGGGUUCCGUCAUGUAAACCCGUUGGAUCUUUUGGAGUAAAGGUGCAACAGGUUUGCAAGAAGGAAAAGAGUACAGUGCCGUUCGUGAUCACCACAUGUGUCCGGGAGGUUGAGCGUAGAGGCAUCAACGAAGUGGGGCUCUACAGAGUGUCUGGCUCUGCAUCAGACCUUCAGAGGUUGAAGAGGACAUUUGAAAACGAUCCCUAUGAAGCUGAGCAACUACUCAAAGAGGUGGACAUCAACAAUGUCACAGGUUUAUUGAAGCUAUACUUGCGAGAGCUUCCAGAGGCCCUCUUCACCGAUGCUCUCUAUCCAAAGUUCUUCGAAGCAUUUAGUAAACAUGACCAAGAAGAAAAGAAAAACAUGCUCCUGAGCCUCUUUAGCAAACUUCCAGAAGUAAACCAAAAUGUCACAGUGUUCCUGAUCGAUCACAUGGUGAAGAUCAACUCCAAUGAAGCACAGAACAAGAUGUCCCUUCACAAUUUGGCUACCGUGUUUGGGCCAUCCAUAAUCCGUCCCUGCAGUGGCGCGGUUGGCCAGAGCCCCAGCGACCUCCUCACCACCAGCACCGUCGAUGUCAUGGCGCAGGCUGGUAUCCUCUACUUCUUCCUGCGGAGGAGGGCAGCGGGCCUCUCCCUCACCUUAGAGAGUCGAGACGCAUCUCCUACCGAAGCGUGAAGAAGUGUGAAGUGUGUGUGUGCAUUGUUUCUUUAGCAUUCUCUUGGCAAGCAAGAACAAUGAAAAGCCUGCUUGACAAAAUGCAGCUAUGACCAUCGUCUGUGUUGACAACGAGCCGUCAAGGCAAAAGCCACAAACCUAGUUGGGUUUCUCCAUAACGCUCUUGGGAACGUCAUCUGCUGCGAAGCUGUCGCGUAUUGAGCAAGCCUGCGUUGGUCAACUACAAAUUUUUUUAUUUGUGUGUGUGCGUGUUUGUAUGUGUGCGUGCAAGGCUUUGCGUUUUAUAUAAAUGGUGGACACUUAGCAACUUGUGCACUCAACCGAGAGUGCAUGGCAAUGGUGCGGUAUGCGCGCCUCUCCAAACAAUUGAAUGCAGCCGUUUGACAAUGCACUUACUCCUUGUGGCGCAUGCGAGUGAAGCACUGCAGCUCUGUACAACGCAGGUUUAAUCUACUUUACAGUCUGCAGCAGUGUUACUUGAGUGAAUCAGGUGAAUAGUUUAUUGAAGCUUCUUAAGGGAAAAGAGCCAGUGAAUAAUGUAUAGUUUCUGCUGAUUCCCUAUACUUUGCACCCUAAGCACUCGCUGCAAUAUUUGGUCUACAGUGCUGAUUCUUCCUGAUAUAGCCUCUUUCUGGGGACCUGUCUUUGUACUGCUUUGUGGAGUUAGCUUUUUUUUUUGUGACCUCACCACAUAAUCCCUUAGUGCCAUUCACUCCAGCCACAUCAACCAGCAAUGGCUGCAAUACAUCUGUACGUCUUUGCCAAAAAUUCCAAAGCCACUGCGCCAGUGACUAGAUCUCUUGUUGGGCCCCAUUAUAGGGUGCUCCAUAGCUCACCGGAGUUAUGAAUGCCGUUUGUCUCGCUUCUUGUGGCUCUCAUUCAACCAGGGUUCUACAGAGGACCCAGCAAGUGGCCAUACGACUGACCUAGUCACACAUGGAGUGGCUUUGAAACUUUUGACAAAGACACUACCUCUUCUAGCCUAGUGGCAGUGAAUUCUACAUGGCUAAAAGUAAGGAAUUAGUGUAUUGUCACCGCAGUCAUCAUGACAGUGGCAGUGCCUAGUUUGAGCAGCAGCGUAGUGGCACAUAAGGAUAGCAAUUGUCCCUUUUCUUUUGCUUAAGUACACAGUUUGCUGCUAUAACAAAGCACAUGUUAUUGUGUGGCUGAACCAGCUUUACAGUGUGUCUAUUUAACUAGUCUACAAUUACUGUUGCUGUUACGUUGAAGCGACUGUGGGCCAACAGCUCUUACCUCUGUUUUAUGUACCUAACAUCCGAGCUCUCACUCACUUCAUUCAUGUUAUGUUUAAGCCAGAACUACUAUUGUGAUCUUUGUCAGCCUGAGUGCAUUUCUGCCAUGCUUCUUAGGUUCUUUAUGAAACUAUCAUGUUACUGUUUUAAUUGUUCAUUUAUUUCUUUCAUGUAUUUCAAGCAGAUUGUCAGAAUUUGUGGACCACGGGCCUUUUUUUCUUUAGAUUUCUUUACACGACAAUCUGUGUUUUAUAAAUGUGCGAACUUUAUUAUAUUGUGUGACAAAACAUUUCAUUAAUGUCAUCUUACACAGGCCUGUUUUGUCAUUAGGUUUUUCAGUUCCUUUCAAGGAUGAGAUGCUUUUGCUGAAGUGCUGUCUGCUCUGUUUUUUUGUUUGCCUCUGUCUUUUUGGUUCUCCCUUGCUCCGCAGGCUAUCACGGCUAAUAGGGAUAGCAUUCCAGUAGUGGGACAUGCAUGCUAUAAAAUUUCCUAGAUACAUUUAUGGAUCAGCCUCUAUGCUUACAUUUGUGCGAGUGUUUCCUAGGGUCAUUGCAUUGACAGCUGCUGUGCAUAACUUACCAAAAUGUGGCUUGUCGACUUCCUUGCUCAUCUUAAACAGCACCAAAGCUAAGCUUUUGUCAUUCUUAAUGUUCCAAGAACUACUGCCAACUUUUAGUAACUACCUAGUGGAGUAUUAUUGCUCAGGCCAGGAGUGGUUCUUCCUACAAGAGGUUUUAUGUUACAAAAGUAAUUUCAGAUGACAGUGUGGUGUAGCUGAAUUAUGACUUUGAAGUGUGAUAAGUUUAGCUACACCUAACUGCACUUCCAGCAUCCCUUAUAACAAAUAUAGUGAUGCACCGUUGUAUUUUUAUUGACAAACAGUAUUCAUGUAUUUUUUUUUUCAGUGGUAGUUCUUAUUUUGUUUUUAUUCUUUAGUUUUACAACUACUGCCAAAUAAUACCACCUUGGGUUAAGUAGGAUGGUGUGCUGUUUAUUGCUUUUAGCAUUUAAUCGCGCUGCUAUCCAAUGAAAUCAUUGUACGCAUAGCAGUACUAACUAUGUUGUGUGUGUGCCCUUUUGCUGUUUGUAAAUAACCGGUGUAGAGAGUUUUACACUGACUUUUGUACAUUUGCAUGUCUGGCUUGCUCGAUGAUGUCUCUGGCAUCAUACCUUGUAUAUUUUUAUUUCACUUUUGUACUAGAAUUGCGCAGAUAGCAUGUUCUUGUAUGUUUACAAUGAUGAUGUCAUGAAAGCAGCGAUGACUGUGACAUGCUUAUGAAUGCACACUUGUUAUGUUUGGAUGUAUUGCGUGUAUUAGUUUAAUUUGACUUCCAAGCACUCUUGUAUUAUAGUGCUCAGAAUGCGAGUUUGUAUUCGAUAUACUACUUUGGAACUGUUUACAUAUAGCCGUUCACAAGUGCUUCUGUCACAGAGACUACAUAAACACCAACAGACUACUACAUAAAAAUGCCACAUAGUCACUUCACGUCUUCUUGAUUACCUAAACAAAGGCAGUGGUAUGAAGGCCCUUGACAUUUUUAUGUCACAUUAAAGGGUGUCAUAUCUCACUUUAAUCUGCUGCCAGAUGGAUAAGCUGGAAUUUUUCUUAUAGUAACUGCCAUUUAAUUUGUAGACGAAGCUACUACACUUUGUUUCCGUGGCAACAAAUGAGCAAAUUUGUACUUGAAUCAAGGCAUGGGCAUUUCAUUGAGGUAUGCACAUGUCCGCUUGGUUUAGUGUAUUAUGCAUUGUAGAACUUUUUCGGUAAAAUCUCCAUUCAAUAUUUCUUUUUAUCUGCAAGACCCAUUAAAAGCAUAAAUCAAAUAGGUUUUUUUCUUCUGUCUUUUUUUUUUCAUUUCAACUAAGAACAGCAUGCCAUCCUGUACUGAGAAACAUCACUGCAGGUGUACCUUGCUUUUAAAGAAUCAAGCACGAAUAAAAAUUCUGUAGUACACUUUCACAUCCUAUCUUGGCCACCUUCAACAGCAUAGGCAGUGGUUUUGUUCGAUAUACAGGGCAUUCACAAGCGAGUUGCAUUGCAGCUUAGUUCAAUACAAUUUGACAGAGGUCAGUUAGCAGUGGAAGUGGUGAAUUACCUUCUUCAUUUACAGUUAGGGUGUAGAAUGGUAGUCUGUCGAAUUGGGGAGAUCAAUUGAGGGAAGUGAUUACGAGGGGGCCAGCAGUCAUGAAUUUUAAGUUGGUGCUUGAGCCGUGCCUUUUCCGACAUAAAAACAAAAGCAAGGAAUGACGUAAUGCGCCCUGCUUCCAGCUGUUCAGCUGGCACACAAGAAAAGCCAGGAAGGUUCUCAUGAUGCCACGAUAUGAGCUUCUCCAGUGCAAAACUGCACAGCAACAUUAGAAUUCAGUCACUUUUUGGGAUAGACAUUUAUUUACCUGUUGAAUGCGCGAUGUGACCUUGCUCUCGCACAUAUGCUCAAGGUUUGUGCCUGGACUGACAUCUCAACGUCGCGGAAAUUUUUGGAAAUGUGCGCACCUAAUUUAAACAGUAGUGUUAGAACUGUAGGGCAAGGCCGAGUGGUCACUUCUCACAAGUUACAAAAUUAUUAUGAACACAAAAAUAUAGUGUGGGAAUGCAAAUGAAGCACUGUGGACAUAAGUACAUUUAUAAUAUCAUGCAAUGCAUGUUAGCUAAGAAGUAGUGAUAAACCAUCAACUAUCACAACUAUUACAAGAGUGGACAUGCACUGAGUUAUGAGCAUAGUGCAAACAUGCGCACUCAGCCACAGUCUGACAUUUUGAAAAACUUCAGUGCAACGCAGAAAGGACACAUUGUGAGAAAAUUUGGCGAAUAGCAUUUUUCAACUGGAUUUCAAGAAUCCCAAUUGCAGAAAAGUAUCCAUAUAAAAAAGCACUAACAGUUGACUGUUUUUAAUUGUGGCAUGUGAAAUAAGCUGAUUACUAUAUAGGAAAAUGUCAUAUGUCAUAAGCCUGAGAGAGAUUUAAGAAAUAAUAACCAGAGAGUAAUCGCUCAGGUGAUUUUGAUCACUCUUGUAAUUCAACAUCAAGCAUGCUCUUUGUUAUUAGGAAUGAUGGAAAUGGAAAUGCUUACCUCUUUGCAUUAGCAAUGAUCUCCUAGUAAGCUUCUAGAUGACAGUUGGUACUUAUCACUUUUUUCCUCAUCUUAUGUCCCGUCUGUGUUGCACUUAAGAUUUACCAUAUGUCUAGCCAGCUCUCUCACACUUAUAUGCUUCUGCACUCUGGUGUCCUUGUGUGAUUAGAAUCAAGUAGAUUCUUUGUAGUAAUGUGAAUGGCCCUACUUCACUCUUUUAUUUGCCUUCAGUUUUCUCUUUGUAGGUUAAGCAUCAAAGUUGCUGGUCAUUUAAGGAACUCAUCAUACAAGUACAAGAUUGCUUUGUGUGACAGUUGGGCCGUAAUUGAAACUGCAUGCUCACGGUGCGUUGCCAAAUUUCAGGCACAUUAAAGUACACGCAAGUGCCUCAUGAGAAUGUCUCAUGAGCGUGCUUUGAAGAACAUUCUUCAGGGGACCACACUAGCUCCACGCUCACUUCAUUAAGAGUUGAUCAUCACAUUUUAGGUUUUAGUUGAACCUUGCUGCAUUCUGUAGCUUUCAGGGACCAGAGUGCAAUUUUUAAACUGUGCUUUGCCUAAUGUCUUUUCUCUAACAAAUUACAUUGUUGCCAGUGCAAGCCCAAUUUACACUAGGAACAGUACAGUUGGCAAAAAAAAUUUUGUAUCCUGAGGUUCUUUUUUUUUUUUUUUGUAGGAAGAUGUCGUAGCGUAGAGGAUAAGAGCAAAUGUUUCAGGAGUGCUUUUCUAAUUAAAUAUUUGCAGGGACAGAAACUGCAUGACUAUGGACUGAUGUCUGAUGCUAAUAUGAUGUGAAGCACCUCGUCUAUGAGGUUUUCAGUAUUUCAAACCUUGUGCAUUUCAUGCCAUCAUCCAUGGCUAGUGUCCGCAAUGUAUUCGACAAACUGGAAAAGCUGACUCAAAUCUGACACAGUGAGGGAGGCUGUAUUCCUUUAAGUUGACCUUCUUGAGAGUUCCACUUGCAACACCUCUGUUUGCAUCAGAGAUGCGGCAGCUCUGUGUGCUUGUGCUUAAUCUGACUUUACUACUCUCUCUUAGAGGGCGCCACAUAAUGUAACCAUGUCCUGCCGCAGAAAGUGUUGUGCUGUAGUGAUCGUUUGUAAAUAGUUCUGACUGUGAAGCGUGCAGUGCAUACAUGAUGUGGUGAUGGGAGUUUUUGUACAUAUAUUCAUUAAUAAAGCCCAUGGACUGUU